AUGACCACGCCCGUGCCGGAUGCGAGCACCUCCGACAGCGAGUCGGUGGCCCUGGCGGAGUUAGCUGGGGAGGGGGCUUCUCCGCCUCUGCAGAAGAGCGAGCUGAAGCGGCUCCGGAAAGCAGAGCUCAAAGAGCAGAAGAGGCUGCAAGCCAAGGAGCAGAGGCAGCAGAAGAAGAAGGCCCAAAAGCAGCGCAAGCAGGAGCUGCGACAGGAACAUCUGGAGUCGAUGAGCGCAACUGAGCGAGCAGAGUUCCUGGAGAAGGAGCGUGAGGCCGGAAGAGAGAGGAAGGCGGCCAUAGAAGCGACGCUGGACUAUUCUUUCCACCAUGGUCGUCCUCGCAUCGUCAUCAACUGCAGUUUCAGUGACACGAUGGACGUGCGGGAGCUCACAUCUUUGGCCAAGCAGGUGCAGCUGUCCUACACGCAAGCGCGUGAUUCGAACUCCAAAGCGCAACUGCACAUCACGUCGCUCCAUUCGCAGAAUCCUGUGAUUCACUCCCUGGAGAAGCAGGGCAUGAAGAGCUGGAAGCUGCACCUUCACGAGGAAUCUGUUUGGGAUGUCUUCGCAACGGAAGCAAGGGAGGGCCGCCUUGUCGUCUUGACGCCGGAUGCAGAGGAGGAGUUGCUGGAGGUGCUGGAGGAGGAGGUGUAUGUGGUCGGUGGUAUCGUCGAUCGCUCUGUGAAGAAGAUGCAGAGUCGCGCGCAAGCCGUCGACCAGGGUGCCACGAAGCUCCGCAAGCUGCCCCUGAAGCGCUUUGGCCCAACUGGCUGCUGCCCGGUGUUGAACAUUGACUGCGUGGUGCGAAUACUCUGCGAGUGGUUAAAAGGAGAUGGCAGCUGGCAGCCCGUGUUUGAGCGGUGCUUGCCUCCGCGGCGUGUCGGCGACCGUGCCGUCUUGUCCAAGCGGCAGCGCCGAACGCAGCGCGCGUUGGAGAGAGCUGGACAGGCCACGCCAGUCGACGACGAUGGCUGA